GAGUAACUAAUGCGCAUGCACAAAGAGCAUCAUGGUAGCUUCAGGGCUGCUUUAAAGCGUAACCAUAGCUUUUUUAUUAGACGUUAGAAUGCUAGUUUGCUACUAAUGUUCUAAGCAUGUCUAAUGUAAAUUCGAACGUUUUAAACAUACUUCUCGCACUAAAAACGAGAGAUUCUUUCUUAACUUUUGCUGCCUCUACCAAGAUGGCAGUAAACGUCCACGGGCGCAAGUUUUCUACGUUCAGUAUCCCCAUCAUGCCUUGCGCUGUUGACAGCCUGAGCGGGAAGUUAGAAAAACAGAUGUGCUGGGGUCCAGUUGUUAACUUAGCUCCUCAUUUGUACUGCAUGGUAAUGCAUUUUCUGCUUUUCUCUAUCUGGUUAUCAAAUUCUCACAUACUUUCGCGUUAUAUAGAUAAACAAUUUAAUAUGACAUAGACAUAAUAUGUUUCGCCGCAUCUGAGAGAUGAGUCAGGAGCGUAGGCUAACUUAGCCUAGAUCUAGUUAUUAUUCGGCGAUUAUCUGGACAAGCUACCCGUGUUUGCAUCGCCAACAUAUUAGCUAGUUAGAAUAGGUAGCUAAAUGGGAAACUAUCAUUCAGACAAGUAUAUUUUAGAAACUAGAUAUUCCAAUUUCUCACAAAACCUGUUUGACUUCAGCCAUCUGAAAUUUUAUCCUGAACGCCCAGGAGUGAGCGAAAAUGCACAAUGAGACCGGUCAGCAUAGUGACAGCAAGGACGACGGAGCCUCCACCACCAUGUCCUUCGGAAAGUACAAGUACACCGCCGAUGAGUACCAGGCGGUCCAGAAUGCACUGCGACGGAACCUUGGCCCAGAAUACAUCAGCACCAGAAUUGCAGGAGGUGGUCAAAAGGUCUGCUACAUUGAGGGACACAGGGUGAUCAGCCUGGCGAAUGAAAUGUUCGGGUACAAUGGCUGGUCACACUCCAUCUCCCAGCAGAACGUUGAUUUUGUGGAUCUCGUCAAUGGCAAAUUCUAUGUUGGAGUCAGUGCAUUUGUCAAGGUCCAGCUGAAGGAUGGCUCAUACCAUGAGGAUGUGGGCUACGGUGUUAGUGAGGGGCUCAAGUCCAAAGCCUUGGCACUUGAGAAGGCGAGGAAAGAGGCUGUUACUGAUGGUUUGAAGCGAGCCCUCAAGUGUUUUGGAAAUUCUCUGGGGAACUGUAUCCUGAACAAGGAGUACCUCAUGGCCAUCAACAAGGUUCCCAAACAGCCGCAGCCCCCCCUGGACCCUGCCCAGACAAAGCGCUCAGAGGGUGAGCCUCUAGUGGAGAAGGCGAGGUAUUGCAGUCUGCAGCAGGGGGACAGGUGUGGGAGUGGGGCCAGCAACAGCUUGGGUACGUCGGUUAGGGGCCCUGUGGAGCAGCCCAAAGCCGAGCUGGGGCUCCAGGAGAACGGGGGAGCCAGGAACCCGCCGCCACAAACCCCUGCCCUGCAGGACAGCGAGAACAGGCGCAUCAGCACCUCCAGAGAGUCAGCAGCAGACGUGGGGGACACCUCUGGCUUCUCAGACACCCUCACAGACCCCAGACAGCAGAGGAAACUUAAGCAGCAGCAACAGCAGCAAAAGUUUCGGCAAGAGAUGGAGGCCAAGAAGAUGCAGAGCGGGCAGCUGCAGCCCAAGGCAGAAAAUACAGCGCCACCCAGGGGAGAGGAGGCGCCAAGCAACCUCCAGGGGCGCUCAGACUCCUCGGGCCAGGGUGAUUGGCAGGUCAACCACAGCACGCCCGCCGGACGCCGAGCGACCGCGACCGCGGAGGACGAGUUCCUGGCAGGUACAGAACCACGCCCAUCGCCACAUCCGCCGUUACACGCGGUUCCUGAUCCUAGCAUCCCACCCCCCCUCUUUCCAGAAGACUCACAACUGUGGGAUUUGAACCUGGACGACAUCGACGUCCUGGAGGCUCAGGCAGGGGGCGCCAGGGGCGCGCACCCAUCCACACAGGGCAACGGGCACCACCAGAUGACCACCCGCAGCAGGACCCCGCAGAGAGUCCAGUCACUGAGACCUCCCGUCAGACCCCAGCCCCCAAACAGCCACCAGCCCCCGCACUCCACUGCCCACGCUACUGCCCAGGCACACCAUACCGCCCACAACGGAGCUUCAGUCAGCCCGUACAGACAAGGACAGCACGUGAAGAAACGAAAACUGGACCCCAGAUGACUACAUACUAGAGAAAUUUAAGACUGUUCCUACAAGUUACACAUGUAAAUAUGUUAUAUAGAUAAUUUUAAAUGUUAUUUUAUUGAGUUGUUGUGUUAAUAAAUAAGAGAAAAAGGA